CCUGUCGUGUCUUCUUGCAUCUGGAUUAUAGCAGUACAAUGCACUGAUGAGAAUGGAGGCACAGUGGAAGAGCUAAACAACCCCAGACAUCUAUGCCUUACUGGUGGAUUGAAAUGCGUCCUGUUGUGUGGAAUCUUUUUUUGCUAUAUUGUGUAAUGUUUCUCUAUUUUUUCUGGAUAUCUCACUGCCUGUCAGGUGACAGUGGUAAGACAUGGAUAGACAGUCUCUUUUUGUAAGAAAUUGUUACUUUGAAGCUUAACUUUACUGAGAAGUGUGGUCAAGAAUGCUAACAUGAAACUGACUGUACGGAAUUUACAUCAGACCCAGCCCAAAAGAUGUCCUAUUUCUUUAGAGCGCAUCGUCUUUGUUUUGAAAAACGUCAUUGCUCAGACGGGGACUUGAUGCUCUUACAAGAAUGAUCUUUUAAUGAUGCAGAGCAGUGACUAUAGUAUUGGGAGUAUCUUUGAAAAAGAGAACACCCUUUGAUGUAUCAACUACAAGGAUUCAGAAAUGUGAACGAAUUUGAGAUUGCAAACAAUUGUGGUUUUGUGAUCAUGUGACAUUUCAGCUUGGCUGUGAAAAAACACUUCUGUGUAUGGUCUGGUCUGCCUUAUGAUUCCAGGCAAAACUUUUCAGAUUUGUUUCAUUUUUUUUUAUCCAAUUCAAAGUCAGCUUCAGCAUAAUAUUGUCAUUGCUGUCUCUCCUUGACUAACCAUGUGAUUUAUGACCUGUCGACUCAACUAGAGAUGCCUAUGCCUAAGUCUCUAAAGUAAACAUGGAGAAAUCUUGAGGAAAAAAGCAACAAGAGUUGAAGAAAUCGGAACACAGGGAUGAUAAACAAGGGCUGUCGGACAAGGCCAUGGUAGCCCGGGCUGAUAUCACUUUAUCAACAACGUUAAGAAAGAGACACCAUUCACUUUAUGCAAACCUCAACAGACUUGAAACAGAAAAGCAACACAAGAAUGGCGCAGACCACCGGUUUCUUGUACAGCAGAACUUUGAACUUUUGCGAGCUCUGGGGGAGCUUGAGAAGACUUGCAGCAUACUGAGGGAGGAAAAUAGUCUGCUGCGGAAGAGCAGUGCUCCAGAGACUGAAGAGAAGGUCAAGCGACUAAGGAAGAAGAACACAGAGCUGGCUGUUCUUGCCAAGAGGCUGGAGGAAAGAGCCAGAAAACUGCAGGAAGCCAACCUCAAAAUGGGUUCCCCAGUCCCUUUGAACGGACGAGAAUUGGAAAAGCUUCUCAGGCAGUCUCAGAUGGAGGUGCUUCGCCUCCAAAGGCAACUGUCUAUCACGUCAUCUAUUCAGCGUACAAUCCAUAAUCCUGAUCCUGGUGGAGCAGAGAACUGUGAGGAACCUACUGAGGAAGAGUGUGCGGAAAAAAAGGAGAGUGAGUUGACCAAGAAAAGAAAAGAAUGUGAAAGUCUUGAGCAUGAAGUAAAGAAGCGGAAGAGGAAAUGUCUAGAUUUGGAGAGCCGGCUUGAGGAUGAGCAGGCCAAAAAUGCGCAACUAAAGGAGGAGGCAGAUCUCCUCAGGAGGAAGACACAACUGCUCAAAAAGAAUCGAGUUGAGAAUGAUGAGCUGAGGGAAGAACUCUCUAAAGUGACCGCUCAACACAAUUACGUUCUCGAGGAGAAUCAGCGACUCCGUGCCAAACUGGAGAACCUAGAGCAGGUCCUAAAGCGUAUGCGAGACGUCGCUGAGCGAAGGCAGCAGUUGGAACUGGAACAUGAGCAGGCUCUGGCUAUCCUUAAGUUCAAACAGGAUGAAAUCAAGCGCUUACAACUAGCUCAGUUAUUUGCCAGGAGAGAACAUGAAGGGGUGGUUCAGAUGCUGGAGAGUACACUGGACUGCAUGCAGUCAAAGGUACGAGAUCUGGAGGAGAAAUGUCGCAGCCAGAGUGCACAGUUUGGCUUGUUGUCCCAAGAGUUGGAGAACUUUCGACUUCAAGCCUCAAAGGCCGACCUUGCUGGGUCAGGCCUUCUUAUGAAUUCCAGCUUUUCUGUUCUGACCAAUGGAGUGGGCCUGUCCUGCGAGCAAGACUACACAGAUAGCUCAUGGGAUAUGGAGUCACUGAGUGAAAUAGCCUUCUGGAGUCUCGAGAGAGGUGACAAUCUUUCCUCCCCUGAGGAUGUUGCAGCUACACUGCGGAUGGGGACUACCCCACACACUGGGGGUCUGCCUAGGGUGGAGCGCUCUCCUGUCACCAAACACAGAGAGCUUCCCACCAUCAGUGUCAGCAAGUCAGCCUCAUCCUCAAGCAAGUCUGAGACUACAAACGUCACCUCCAAGUCUAACACCCAUCUUACUCCACAUAAGUCAAGCCCAGCACAUGAGGUUGACACCGCUAGUGAAGUGGAGGAACUGGACAUUGACAUUGCCCUCGCACCUUACACAGCCAGCAGAGAAACAGCCAAGCUCCAGGUUUUUAUUGCACGAUACAGCUAUAAUCCUUAUGAUGGCCCUAAUGAUAACCCCGAAAUGGAACUACCACUCACUGCUGGAGAAUACAUCUAUGUGUAUGGAGGCAUGGAUGAUGACGGCUUCUAUGAAGGUGAGUUAAUGGAUGGAAGGAGAGGGUUGGUCCCCUCUAAUUUUGUGGAACGCCUUUCGGAUGACGAUGUAAUGGGCUCUCACCCUGAGGAGACGAGUGACAUGUCCCACAACACCUUGCUAAACAGCAGUUUGCACAGUGCCAGCAACCAGCAUCACCUCCACACAGGUGUACACGCCUCAGAGAGGACGGAGGCCUUUUCUGCCUCUGGCCCCGCCUCAGCCUCUUCCAAUUCAGCCUUGGGUGUCUCAGCCCCCCUCACCAAUGGCCUGGACUUGGAUUUGGAGGAGAUGGAAGUGGACACUGUGCCUUACCCUCGUAAGCUCAAACUCAUCAAGCAGCUUGCCAAGAGCAUCAUCAUCAGCUGGGACCCUCCACUGGUGCCGGCUGGGUGGGGCAACGUGUGGAGCUAUAAUGUGUAUGUGGACCAGGAGCUACGGCUUAAUGUGCCCUUCGGUGCCCAAACCAAAGCUGUGUUAGAGAGACUUGACAUCAACCUCAAGGCCUACCGUGUAUCUGUGCAAAGUCUGACAGAGAAGGGCCUCUCAGACCAGCUGCGCUGCAGCAUGCUGAUUGGCCGUGACGUAUGUGUGGCACCUACACAGCUGCGUGUGGACAGCAUCACUGCCACCUCUGCCAGCCUGUCCUGGCUGCCCUGCAACAGUAACUAUGUGCACAUUGUGUCCUUGAAUGAGCAAGAGUGUGAGCUGGUGAAGGCUGGAUGCUAUUCGCUGUGCCUCAAUAAACUCUUACCCAGCCAGCAGUACACAGUCAAAGUGGAGGCACGGCCACAUCGCACAGCAUGGGAGUUACCUGUGGAGCGACGUGAACACAGAAGUGCUACCAUCAAUUUCAGCACGUUAAUGGCAGUUUCAAGCGCACAGUCUGGGAACAAAGGUCCUCCUGAUGCUCCACUGGAUGUACAGUUGGAGCACGGUCCUUCCCCAGGGAUAGCCCUUAUCAGUUGGCUGCCAGUCACUAUUGAUAAUGCUGGAACCUCCAAUGGAGUCCAUGUCACUGGGUACACCAUAUAUGCAGAUAAGAAAAAGGUAUUAGAGGUGUCCUCCCCAACAGCCGGCAGUGCUUUGCUGGGCCCUUCCCAAAUCCAAUCUCUGCAGACAGCUCAGGAUCUCACUGUCAGGACCAUGUCUGCCCAUGGGGAGUCCUCUGACUCUUUUCCAGUUAAUGUGCCCUCCAAGCUUGCCGCUAUCAUGGCUGGCCCCGCUGCCGCCACCCUGGUAGUACCAACCCUUGCCUGCACCCCUGUUAGACCCACAAAUCUAUCCAGGCAGCUUACUUUUGAGAACUCCGCUGCCAAAGUCUCCAUUACUGGCCUCACAGUGGAUGAUGUUGCCAACUGUCUUCAUAUACCACCCUCAGAGGCCUUUUUGUCAUCAGCGUCAUUUGCGAAGGCAUUGACCAGCCCUCUUAGUGCUGUUUCCAUUGCUGCAUGUGAAGCCACAUUACCCGUUACCUCCACCGUCACACCAGUGAUGAAUAUGACACCCCCCACCUCCUCAGCUCUCCAACCAUCUCCUGUAAUAAAACCUGUGCCUGCAGAGACAACUGUGACCCAAGUGGUCACGUUAGAGCAGCGCAGGAAUACCGACAGCCCUGGAACAAUCCGUCCUUUCCCGUCCAUUUCAGAAUUCAUUGAGGAUCCCUGUGCCAUACACGGAACCCCAGAGCGCAUUCCCACUCCGCCUAAAACCCCGAUUACAGACCUACUGAACCCACAAGACACUCUAAUCCUUCGACCCCCCAGUACUUCAUCACUGGACUCUGAGGUUGACGAGGAACUCGAGAACAAACGCUUGGUUUCCAUUGAGGAUUUCUUGAGGCAGGACCAUGACACAAUGUACGACAAUAUGCAGAAGGGUUGUAACAGAGGGCUAGUGGAGCAUCUCACUGACAACAUUCGAUCAGAUCUGUUUGACAUCCUCGAAGAGGAAGAAGAGGACCUAAAUUCUGAUCACUUUAGGGAAGCAUCAACCAGGGAAUACACAAUCAUAGCGAACAGGUUACGCAAAUCCGAGCCUUCAGAUAGUGGUGAAGAUAUUCUUGAAAGAAUUCUCAAGUUGCCCCCUCAGGUUUACCACAACAAGCAGCUGUUCAGCAUUCCUGAGGUAACAGAGGAUGAAGACGGUGUUCGGGAAGAACCAUUACCUCAUCGCAAACAGGUUCAGUUGAGGCCCAGCCACCUUCACCCCGGAGACGCAGAACAACUCCAUAAUGUUUUACAACGUCACCCUCCAUACUCCAACUCUAACUUUCCCCCUCAGCACCACCACUUUAACAGUGAUCCCAGAUCCCUAACCAAAGAUUCUUUGAGGCGAGGACCCUUACAAGUCAAGCCCAAGUUGCAGUACAGAGUCCACUAUUCAGAUGCAGAAAACACUGUAAAUUAUCCUAGUGAAAAUGUAGUGUGUUUAUGUGAAGGUCCGACCAACAGGCGUGUGUCUGUUCACUGUCCUCCCCAGUCCACCCCCAACAAACACAGGAUACCACUUAGAGGUUUAGAGGACCGCCUUAAGAGGGAGGCCAUGCUAAGGAGUCAGAUGGCUGCAGGUUAUGAGCCUACUACACCAAGACCUUACCCAUUCAGCCAAUUAGUACGUCCUGUAAGGUCACAUAGUGGAGGGAUGGCGAUUGAUGUGGAGUACGACACAGAUGACGUCAAUAAACCAGGAGCGUGCACUUCAGGGGAGGUGGUGAUGGAACAGCUGAGCUCAGAGUGGUGGAUCGAGGGGGCUGAAAUGGAGCAUAUUGGACCCUCCUACGACCAGGGGAAAAAGGCAGAUUCUUUGGAGCCCCAUAAGAUAUCAAGAUGUGAGGCAGUUCCAUCGUGGGUGCAUGAUUCCGAGCAAACAUCUAAAGCAGUUGUUUUGGAAGACAAGCGGCUCAAAGGUUGUUUCGAAUCACCAAAGACAAAAGGAGACACACGCAUCUUUGUAGCCCUCUUCCCCUAUGAUCCUGCCACCAUGUCACCUAACCCGGAUGCUUCCGAGGAGGAGUUGCUGUUUAGAGAGGGACAGAUCAUCACAGUUUAUGGGGAUAAAGACUCAGACGGGUUCUACCAAGGGGAGUCUGGUGGUCGUUUGGGAUAUGUUCCUUGCAACAUGGUGUCUGAGAUACAGGUAGAGGAUGAGGAAACACGGCAGCAAUUAUUGCAGCAGGGGUUCUUAUCUACAGAGGCCUCGAUGGAGAAGAUAGAUCCAAGCCAGGUAGCUGCUACAUGUGCAAAGGGAAAGCCAGUCCAAGGAUCUCGCAAGAUGGUGGCAAUUUUUGAUUACGAUCCACGAGAAAGCUCCCCCAACACUGAUAUAGAGGUUGAGUUGACCUUCAGCGCCGGAGACGUCAUCAAUGUGAUUGGCGACAUGGAUGAAGAUGGCUUCUUCUAUGGUGACUUGCAUGGACAACGAGGGUUGGUGCCCUCUAAUUUCCUGCAGGCUUUUCCAGAGAAGGCCCCAGCCGAAGAUUUUUCAGCUCAGCCUGCACAAGAACACAAGAAAGAAUCACAGGGAACUUCAUCUACAGAACCGCAGGAACCGGAUCUGUAUUCAAUCCAAGACACUUUUAAUCUACAACCAGAACCUGCCUUCCCUAAUCGACUAGCGCACGUAGACCCACUUCCCCAUCUUCAACUUCCUGGCAGAACCACAUCAAACUUGGUUCCAGUUCAUGCCUCUCCUCCAACCCCCCAGCUGCAGACUGACUCCUCUACACCGGCCAAGAAGAAGAAAAGAGGAAUUUUCUCCAAAGGCAAGAAACUGUUCAAAAGAUUUGGAUUCAGCAAGAAAGAAUGAAAGGCAGGAUGUCUAAUUUGACUCUUGAUUGCAUUUCAAGCACUUUCGUCAUCUUCAAUGUUAAUCUCAGUCUGUGCAAUUGGUGGCUAUCAGAUUUAAGAAGUACAAUAUAUAUUAAUACUUAUACAUUAACUGGAAAUGGUAGAUUCACUGAAGAAUUGUGCAAGCCCAUAUUAAUGACUCACAGUACAAUCAGGCUUUAAUAAUCUGUAGUUAUCUUUCUGGUUCUCUCAUCUUUGGAGAAAUCCACAGGCCAGGACUGGACCCGCUACAACUGCAUGGAACACCGCACAUAUGGCUACACUUACAGUAAAGUGCAGAACCUACACUUUAAUGUUAAUUAUAAUAGAAUGGCCUGCCUUGUAGUCUCUUCAAUACAAAGCUGUACUCCAGCAAAUACUCUUGGAACUUGAAUACCUCUACAGUACAGUAUAGACAAAGAUUCCAGGAUUCAAGUUGGAGAAGUCUGAUCUGAUUAUCAUCCUGGCUGUUGAUUAAUUUGACAUUAAACCUUCAGAUAUUAA